AUGAAAUCAAAAAAAACAAAGAAACCUAGAAGGAAAAAGUCAUUAGAUUCGAGUGAUUUUGCACCAAUUGUUGCAACUGAUACUCAAGAUAGCUCAACAGAGAAUGAUUUACUCGUAGAUCUUCAAGUUCCAAGAUACGCAAUAUUUCGCCGAGUCAUAAAUAAAAAAAUCGAGCCAGAUCAAUCGACACUACCAAGUAUACCACAUAAAAAAUCGAAUAUACAAGAAGAAGAGAAAAAGUUCAGCGUUUAUCAAUUUAAUCAUAAAAAAUCUGACUAUAUGAUUACACCUGAUUCAAAAUUAAUCGAACCAUUACACGAGAAAAACUAUAUUCAUACAAAUGGUGUUGAACACGACCUCUUUUUUAAUCAAUCUACUUUAGGAAAAUUAUUAUCUCCACAGGCAACACAAUCAUUUCUCGAAGAAAAGCUAGAAUACUCGCUUACAGGAUCAGCUCUUUCUCUUCGUAAAGGAAGAAUCGAUGUAGAAAUCAAAAAAGCUACUCGAGGAUUAUUUGAAAGCAUUUUAAAGCCAUCAGAGACAGAAGAAGACAAUCCAUUCUAUGUACGAGAUGCACCUAUCAAAGGACCAACAAUGACAUCAUAUCCUGCACCUACUUUUCCCAAUUUUCCUCAAACAAAUUUAUUCAAUUUCGAAAUUUCACAAUUCGAGUACCAAAAACUACUAAAUCCGCAUCCAUUUUUUUCAGUUGAUUAUACAUUUCACAGAAGAGUUAAGCUCUGCCCUGAAAAACAAUCUUCAAAAAAUUUUGGAAAAUAUAUUCUAAAAAAUGAAGACUUAAAACUCGAUUCAGGCGAAUUUGUCCUUGUAGAAUAUAUUGACGAUGACCCUGUCAUACAGCCAAUCGUUGGAAUGUGCUCAACAUUGACAGUUUUAACAUCAGAUUCAAAUAUCACGAGUCAUAAGUUCGAUCAAAGGAUUCCUUUAAUGAAUAUUGUAUCUGAAUCGCAACAGCCAUUCCUUGGGAAUAUUCCUAAGUCAGAUCCAGUCAUUUGUUUGCUAAAUCAAGUUGCAAUUUCAGCUGUUUACCCUCACGACAUGUCUCACAACAUGACAGACUUCAUUUUAUGCAUCUCAGGAAACAGCUGCACAUUACACAGACUACCUAAACUCGUUUACGCUUCAACGCCAAGCGAAUGUCGCGUAAUCAUCAAAAAUACAACUUAUCAUUCAAAAGUUUUGGAUCCUUUCUUGACAAAAAGAGGAGUAAAUCCAAUAGAAUUAUGCAAAGCGAGGUCUAUUUACAAGGCUAAAAAGAGACUCGUGGAUAUGGGAAUUGAUAGAUCUGCUUUGCCAUCGAGUUUUUCAGAAAACAAUUUGAAAUCUUUGAUAAAAGAUUUUCCUAUUGAGAUGCGUACGUUGAUAAUGCAUUAUAUCAGCAUAUUUAAACAUACCCCAUGGUAUAUAUCGCAUCUUACAGCACGAGCAAGGCUUGGAAUGUUAAAAGCUGCUUCUGAGAUUUCAUUUGAAGAAGGAAAGAUCGCACAAGUCAAAGAAGCAAUGGCUCAAUCAUUUGAAAAUCGCAUAGCAAUGAUUUCUACUAGUAAUACUCCAUUGGAUCAAAGGAAUUCAAUUGGACUUGAUUUAUUAGAUUUCAGCGAUGGGAUGGAUGAAAGUUCUGAUAGUGAGGACUGGGAAACUAUCCUUAAGGAAGAUCAAAUAGAUGAAUUUCGAGAAAAAACAUCAAAUCUGGAAUAUAAAUCUUUCAGAUCUCUUGUUAAUUGGAAUGAAUUAAUCAAAACUCGGCAUGAAUGGAGAGAAGUAAUGCUAACAAGAAACUACUAUGUUGAAGAUGGCGUUGCAAAAUGUUCUUUUUCGUUUACAAGAGAUAGUAACGAAAUCAAGCAAGCGAAAGCGCUGAAGAAGUCAACAAAAAACUCUUUUAUAUGA